CCGCGCGAGGCCCGAGGCGCUGACGUGGCCGGAAGUGGAGGCGCCGAGCAGCUCGGAGCCCCGCCGAGACCCCCCGUCACCCCGGUCUGUGACCAUGCUCAAGGCCUUGAUCCUUAUUGGGGGGCCGCAGAAAGGGACUCGCUUCCGGCCCUUGUCCUUCGAAGUCCCGAAGCCGCUGUUCCCGGUGGCUGGGGUGCCCAUGAUCCAGCACCACAUCGAGGCCUGCACCAAGGUUCCAAGCCUGAAGGAGAUUCUCCUUGUGGGCUUCUACCAGCCCACCGAAGCCCUGAGCCGCUUCCUGGUGUCUGCACAGCAGGAGUUUAAAAUCCCCAUCAGGUACCUGCAGGAGUAUGCGGCGCUGGGCACGGGCGGUGGCAUCUAUCACUUCCGAGACCAGAUCCUGUCGGGUGGCCCUGAGGCCUUCUUCGUCCUCAAUGCAGACGUGUGCUCGGAGUUCCCCCUGCCGGAGAUGCUAGCCUUCCAGCAGCAGCGUGGAGACCCGCACGGCUUUGUCAUGCUGGGCACCACGGCCAACAGGAAGCAGUCCCUGAACUACGGCUGCAUCGUGGCCAACACAGAGACGUGUGAGGUCCUGCACUAUGUAGAGAAGCCCAGCACCUUCGUCAGCGAGAUCAUCAACUGCGGCAUCUACCUGUUCACGCCCACCAUCUUCCAGCACAUCGGCGAGGUCUUCCAGAGGACCCAGCAGGAGCUGCUCCUGUGCUCUUGCCUUGGGGAGGAGAGCAGCAACGGCUGGCAGCGGGCCGAGGUGAUCCGGCUGGAGCAGGACGUCUUCACGGCGCUGGCCGGGCGCGGCAAGCUCUACGUCUACAAAACCGACGGGUUCUGGAGCCAGAUCAAAUCGGCUGGCUCUGCCAUCUACGCCAGCCGCCUCUACCUGAGCCAGUACAGUCAGUGCCACCCGGAGAGACUGGCCCGGAACAGCCCCGGGGGGCCCACCAUCCGAGGGAACGUGUACAUCCACCCGACGGCUUCCAUCGACCACAGCGCCGUGCUGGGCCCCAAUGUCUCCAUCGGGAAGGGGGUGACGGUGGGAGCCGGCGUGCGUGUGCGAGAGUCCAUCAUCCUGCACGGGGCAUCGCUGCAGGAUCACACCUGUGUGCUCAACAGCAUUGUGGGCUGGGACAGCACCAUCGGGCGCUGGGCCCGGGUCGAGGGGACGCCCAGUGACCCGAACCCCAACGACCCCUACGCUAAAAUCGACAGUGAGACCCUCUUCAGGGACGGCAGGCUCACGCCCUCCAUCACCAUCCUGGGCUGUAACGUCACCAUCCCCGCAGAGGUCGUGAUCCUCAACUCCAUCGUCCUGCCCCACAAGGAGCUGAGCCGCAGCUUCAAGAACCAGAUCAUCCUGUGAGGGGCCCGCUGGGAGCUGGAGACCGACGGCCUCCUCCUCCAGCCCAGGGUUCUCGGGCGGCCCCAGCCUGCACGUGUCUCAGCUCUCCCUGCAGUCCAGCUAGCUGCUCUGGCCAGGCCAUGCCCUGGGCCUCUCCAGCCACGCCA